UCAAAGAUAUUACUACAAUAUCCUUUGAAGGUCCACUGAGGUCUAUUUCAGCGGAGCGUAGGAAAUGGUCAAUUGUGACGAAAAUAGCCCCCAGUCAAGGAAAAUAGCCGGCGACAAUUGUAAAAUUGCUUUUGUAUUCAUUUACACUUUGACACGAGACGUGUUGAAACAACUCGCUUAGAUUUAAUAUUUUCACUUCAGGAUAAAUUACUUAGUAUCUAAGAAUUGUGGGAAAGUGUUAAAGAAGUCUUAUUUUAAGGAGUUUUGUAGAAUGUCUGAUGAAAAGUUACACGUUUCGGCAGUGAGGCAGUCGUUACAGCAUUUCGCUUGGUUUGAUUAUAUAUUGUUUGUUUUCAUGCUGACAAUAUGUGGUGGUAUCGGUGUUUACUUUGGUUUUGUCAAGAAACAGAGUUCGACACAGGAUUAUUUGAUGGGUGGCAGGAAUAUGAAGGUCCUGCCUGUUUGUUUCUCGUUAGUUGCAAGUUUUAUCUCAGGAAUAUCUCUGCUUGGCACGCCAACAGAGUUAUAUAUUUAUGGAACAUCCUACGUAUUCGCCUUAGUCGGUGCUUUAAUGAUGUCUAUAAUAGUUUCGUAUACGUUCCUACCCAUAUUACAUCAACUUAACCUUACAUCAGCUUAUGAAUACCUGGAGCUUCGUUAUGACAAGCGAUUACGGGUUUUUGGGUCCGUAAUAUUUAGCGUAUAUUUAUUGGCGUGGCUGCCUAUUGUGGUAUACGUUCCAGCUUUAGCGUUCAAUCAAGUGACCGGUAUCAACAUUCACAUAACGACGCCAAUACUUUGCUUCGUCUGCAUAUUUUAUACGUCUUUGGGAGGCUUAAAAGCGGUAGUAUGGACUGAUGUGAUUCAAACAAUAGUGAUGAUCGGAGCAAUGUUAUUAGUUAUAGUAAAAGGGACCAUAAAUGUCGGCGGCUUUACAGAAGUUAUUAAAAAAAAUUGGAAUACAGGACGACUGGAAUUUCCACCUUUCAAAUUAGACUUAACAGAAAGACAUUCAGUAUGGUCGGUAUCCAUCGGCGCAACAUUCUACUGGAUUGGCAACAUAGCUGUAAACCAAUCUAUGAUGCAAAGAUUUCUUUCGUUACCAGAAUUGAAAUCAUCAAAGAAGACUCUCUGGGGUUUUCUCUUCGGCGUAGUUUUCAUUGUGUUCAUCUGUGGCUACAGUGGUUUAGUGGCGUUCGCAAGAUACCAUGACUGCGACCCACUGGAUUCCAAGCUAGCAUUGGCUAAAGACCAGCUUCUUCCAUUACUGGUGAUGGACAUACUUGGGGAUUGGCACGGCAUGCCUGGGAUCUUUGUGGCUGGGGUGUUUAGCGCUGCUCUAAGCUCCCUCUCGACUGGUUUAAAUUCCAUGGCUGCAGUUGUUUUAGAAGAUUUUUGGAAGCCAUUUUUUAGGAAGUUAUCGCACAGGCAAACACAAAUAUUAGUCCGAGGUGUAGUGGUUGUGCUUGGAGCAAUUUGCGUAGCUUUAGUAUACGUAGUGGAAAGGCUGGGUUCAGUUCUGCAGUUAACAAUGAGUCUGUCAUCAGCAUCAAUGGGAGCCUUGUCUGGGGUGUUCCUCAUGGGAAUGUUUUUGCCCUUUAUCGAUUCUACGAGUGCGUUAACAGGAGGUGUCUUCGGUUUAACAUCAGCUUGGUGGAUUGCUGCUCAAUCCCAACUUGCACAAGCAAACGGGAUGCUAAAGUUUGAGGAGAAACCAAGAUUCACAAGCAAUUGUACUUAUACAUUCGAUGAAAUAGUGCGAAACGUUGAUGAUGCUGAAAGUGAGGUGCCUUACCUUUAUCGGAUCUCAUACCUAUGGUUCACUGGAUUUGGAUGUAUGGUCACAAUCAGUAUCGCUUGCAUAGUGAGCUUAAGGAAAUCGGUGAAACUUCACCAAGAUCAUCGUUUGUUUGCUCCGUUUGUACGAAGAUGGCUGGAGAAGGAAAAGAUAAAUGAUGUUUAUAUGAAGAGUGUUAAAUAAAAAUAUUGGGAAAUAUGUUUUGAAAGAAUAAUAAAGAUUGGAAUAAGAAGCAAGAAGUGUUUAGAACGAAUUUUGAAACAGUUGUAAUAAGAUUGAAAAAUAUAUUAUAAUAAUGAAGCUGUUGUUUUGAUUAUUACUUAAAUUAAAAAAUAUUU